CUAUGGAUUGUAAGGAUUUACAUGAAAAUGGUAAAACUGUAUCUGAUGUAUACACAAUAUAUCCGUUUGGUAACAUGGACGAUUCUGUCAGCGUCUACUGUGAUAUGGAUACAAUGGGAGGGGGAUGGACGGCAAUCCAGAAACGGGUCGCUGGAUCAGUGGGCUUUCAAAGGAAAUGGAUAAAAUAUAAGGAGGGUUUUGGUGAUCCAAACGAGGAUACAUGGAUUGGUAAUGAUGUGAUCCAUCAGCUAACAAAAGAAAAGAAGACAUCUCUUUAUAUAUCCAUCACACUACAGAAUGACACAACACUGUAUGAGUUGUACGAACAAUUCUCUGUGGCUAGUGAAACAGACAAUUAUCGACUCUUUCUGGCAGGAAAAGCGACUGGAACAUUAGGUGAUAGGAUGAUGAACAUACCGUAUACAGCAUAUACGCUAAAUAAGAUGUCCUUUAGUACAUUCGAUAGAGACAACGACAAUAAGCAAGACGGCAAAUGUGCUAAUAGACACAAGGGUGGAUGGUGGUUUAACGAUUGUUAUUAUGCAUUUCUCAACGGACCCUGGUCUUUUAGAAACUGGACUGACCCGUGGAGUCCUAAAGUUACAUCUGGGACACAAGUGAAGAAAACUAUGAUGAUGGUGAAACGUGUCUAGCAACACUGCUUAUUUUGUACAUAAACUGAGACUUAUUCUUUAUAACAGCCAGGACAAAUGUGAAAAUGGGACUGAUGGAUUUGAUAACGUGCCGAUGGAUAUCAAAAAAGUUCAAAAACAGGGAUAGCUGGUGGUGCGUAAUGGUGUA